UAUAUUUUUUAAUUUAAUUUUGCAUUAACAUAAAAAAUGCGUUCAUUUGUGUUAAUCAUAUUUAUCGCUGUAAUACUGACUGGAAUUACAUCCGCUCAGAGGUGUAUCAAUGGUAGACAUAUCCGGUGUGGCAGUGCCUGUCCCAUAACCUGCAAUAAUCAUCGUAGUCCUCCGCGCUUUUGUACCUAUAAUUGUGUGCCGGGCUGUCAGUGCAAUCGGGGUGCGAUCGGGGGUAUGUCCUACGGGACAGGUCUAGCUACCACUGUGUCCGACCCCAAAACUGCCCCUAAUUUUCUAUUUGAGCUGAAUUUAUAA